AUGACUUUCUGUAACUACAAGGGCCAGCAACUGAAGGUUGGACAGACAGUCCCCGCCGGAGAUAACUGUAACAGGUGUACAUGUAAACCUGAUGGAAGUGUCAGCUGUAGCCAGAGAACUUGCUUCUGUAUGUACAAGGGAGAUAAGAAACAGAUCGGAAGCACAUUCCCCGCCGGCGAUAACUGUAACAGAUGUACCUGCAGAAAGGACGGCAGUGUCAGCUGUAGUGAUAGAACUUGCUUCUGCAACUACAAGGGCAAGCAGAUCAAAAUCGGGCAGAGCUUUCCUAAGGGGGAUGAUUGUAACACAUGUUCCUGUGCUGAAAACGGAAGAAUCACCUGCUCAAACAAAAAUUGCUUUUGUACCUACAUGGACAGGAGGAUUCGUGUUGGGGACAACUUCCCUAAAGGCGACGACUGCAAUACCUGUUCCUGUAACACCAAUCUCCAAGUGACUUGCUCUGAUAAGAUCUGCUCAUGCGAUUUCAAGGGACGAAAGUACUCUAUCGGACAGACCUUCCCAAAAGGUGACCGAUGUAACACUUGCUCUUGCGUUAAAGGAGGGAGAGUUAGAUGCUCCGAGAAAACAUGCUUCUGUGAUUACAAUGGUAAACAAUACAAAGUUGGAGAAAACUUCCCUAAGGGAGAUGGCUGCAACAACUGUUCCUGCGCUCCUAAUGGUAGAGUCAACUGUGGGGAAAAAUACUGCAGAAAAGUAUGUACCUACGAAGGAAAGACCUACAAUGUGGGACAGAAGUUCCCUGCUGGAGAUGACUGUAACACUUGUACCUGUAAAUCUGGAGGACGCGUGUCUUGUUCAAAGAAAACCUGCUUCUGUGACUACAACGGACAAAAAUACAAGGUUGGACAGAAGUUCCCCGCUGACGAUGGCUGUAACCAGUGUUCAUGUGGAUCUAACGGCCGUGUGUGGUGCUCCAAGAAGACCUGUAUCACAACCUGUAAAUAUAACGGCCAGAAAUACAAGGUAGGCCAGAAAUUCCCUAAAGGAGACGGAUGUAACACCUGUCGCUGUAAGUCUAACGGAAGUGUGUCCUGCACCAGCAAGUACUGUCCUCCUCCAAGUUACAAAUAG